AUGUCGAAAUAUUUGCUGUCCGCCAAGUCUCCGACGGUGUUGCCGGUAAUGUUCGCAAGUCCCUUCUCACCGUCGCCUCGACGCACGAACGCGCCCGGGCCUAUUACGAACACCUCGACCGAGAGUACAACCCGACGUCAUCACAGUCUACACUCCGUCUGCUCCACUCAUUCUUCAACAUUCCGCGCGCCCCCAUCGAGGAGAAGGGCUUCGUCGAAUGGAUGACCGAAUUCCUCAACCAAUCGAACUGCCUCGAGUCCGCCCAAAUCACGAUUACCGACGUCAUCACGGCUCGAGCCCUCACUCUUAUCCCCGACGAACUCGACGCAUUCCGGCAGUACAUGGAAUUGCACAACACCGACCAGCUCCCAACACCGUCAAACUUAAUGGCCCUUGCGCACAAACAGGUCAAGAAUCACCACGACACUCGCAAUGCCAGCUCGACUUUGACCGCGUUUGCUGCAACACCUUCACCGUCAUCAUCUUCGUCCAAACCGAAACUACCACCGGCUCGUUACCUCUGUCCCGCCUGCAAGACCGGCUUGCACCGCGUCCGCGACUGCCCCGAUGACGAAGCGCGACAACGUUACAUUGACCGGCGCAACCAACAACAACAGCAAUUCGCGACUCGAAACACAGAUCAACCGGAGGAUGAACCCGUCGUAGCAACAGUCUCGAGGUUCCAAGAUUUCCCAGAGCCUUCCACAAGCGCCGGUCAGAAUUGGUAA